AUGCCGCCAGGCCCCAUGUAUAGCUUUUUCAUAACACAUACUUUCAUACCUGAAAGCCGGAACAAGAAUCCAUAUCCUUGCGACGAGGCGGUGAGGCAGCUGCUGCCUGUUCUCUUCCACCUCCUGCAGCACCAUGACAGAGAGAUUGUCUCGGACACCUGCUGGGCCUUGUCCUACCUCACUGAGGGCUGCAACGAGCGCAUUGACCGAGUGGUCAACAUUGGGGUCUUGCCCAGGCUGGUAGAGCUCAUGACCAGCCAGGAGCUCAGCAUCCUGAUUCCUUCUCUCCGCACGGUGGGGAACAUUGUCACAGGAACUGAACACCAGACCCAGAUGGCCAUCGACGCAGGUCUGCUGAAGGUGCUGCCCCACCUCCUGAGGCACCCCAAAACCUCCAUCCAGAAGGAGGCGGCCUGGGUCCUAAGCAAUGUGGCUGCAGGAUCUCAACAGCAAAUCCAGCUGCUGAUUGUGUACGACUUGCUGCCUCUCUUGGUGGCUCUGCUGAAAAAUGGGGAGUUUCAAGUCCAGAAGGAGGCAGUCUGGACGGUGGCCAACUUCACAAUGGGGGCCACUGUGAGCCAGUUGUUCCAGCUGGUCUACUCGGGGGUCUUGGAGCCCCUGGUGAAUCUGCUCACCGCUCCAGAUCCUAAGAUUGUCCUCAUCAUCCUUGAUGUCAUCUCUUACUUCCUCCAGGAAGCAGAGAAGCUGCGUGAGAAGGACAGACUAUACUUUCUAAUAGAAGGGCUUGGCGGGAUUGAAAGAAUUGAGACCUUGCAGCUGCACGUGAAUCAGCAGAUCGCGCAGACCGCCCUGAGCCUCAUCGAGAAGCACUUUGGCGAGGAAGAAGACAAAGACAGCAUUUUAUCAAUCCAGGACAAAUGCUGAGCGUUCUUCAUAAAAUGAUGGCAGAACACCCCAACUUCUCACCCUCAGGGACAACAUGUUUAUG